ACGCUGAGUCUCCAUCUGAGAUCAGAAUCGGAGCAGUCCAGUUCUUCGACGGGAGUGCAACAUUUCCUGGUAGUCCUGUAUUUACACGGCAAUUAUAUUUUUCUCCGUGUGGCGCAGAACCCCUAACUAUAUAACACGAUGAAUAGUGAAAAAUACCCCCGGUCUUCUAUUGAGGACGACUUCAACUACGGCACGAAUGUCGCUACCGCCAGUAUCCAGAUACGGAUGGACUUUCUGCGGAAAGUGUACACCCUGCUGAGCCUGCAGAUCAUCCUGACCACAGCCACAUCUGCUGUCUUCAUGUACUCCCAGACCAUCAAGGAGUUUGUCCAUGCCAGUCCUGCUGUGGUUCUGGUUUCGGCUCUGGGGUCUCUGGUUCUGCUUUUGGCCUUGGCCAUGUACAGACAUCAACAUCCAGUCAACCUCUACCUGCUCUUCACAUUUACACUGUUAGAAGCUGUUUCUGUGGCCACAGCCUUGACCUUCUAUGAAUACUCUACUGUACUGCAAGCCUUGUUCCUCACCUGUGCUGUGUUUGCCGGACUGACAGCCUACACCUUCCAGUCUAAGAGAGACUUCAGCAAAAUGGGAGCAGGUCUGUUCGCCUGCCUGUGGAUCCUUAUCAUUGCAGGUUUCAUGAGGUUCUUCUUCAGCAGUGACAGCACAGAGCUGGUCAUGGCUGGAGCUGGAGCUCUGAUCUUCUGUGGCUUCAUCAUCUACGACACACACCUGCUGAUGAAGCAGCUUUCUCCUGAGGAGCACAUCCUGGCCUCCAUCAACCUCUACUUGGACAUUGUCAACCUCUUCCUACACAUCCUCCGUGUCCUCGACUCUAUGAAGAAACAUUGAAAACUAUAGUGCUGUUUUCGGCAAAUCUGUAUGUCAAUCAUUCCAGCCUCAGCCUUUGUGUGUAUAAGCAACUGCACUGUUUAAUUCUGUUUGUCCCAAGUUAAGGUGAUUCAUAACAGUGAAAUCUUGUUCUAAAGCCAAAAUCAUACUUGACAACUUUUAAAGAAUCUCUGUUUAAGAGUUGGAAGUUCGUGACAGAAUGCUAUUUAUUGGGAGUUGGCUGUUGGUUAUCAUUAGCACCAUUUCUAAGUAAACAUGAGCUGGUUUUGCACAUUGUUGCUGCUGUAGAAGAGCAGAAGAAAGGCACUGAAGAGCUUAGGUGUGACUGUCACCCCAUACCCUUUACACUGAAGCCAGUGUAGACAGUUGUUACCUUAGAAAUUAAGGUCGCUAACAUUAACAAAUGACUGCCAGUACAAAACUGACAUCUGACACAUUUUACAUAAGCACACAUGAAUCUUGCAUUUUGAACCAACUAAAACUUUGUGACUCUGCUAGUGAGAGCCUGCUUACUGACUAAUCAAGUUACCAGCAUUAGAAAAAACAGCUUUUGUCUAAUCUAUAGCAUUACAUGAAUCCACAUUUGAGGCCCUAAUGGAUAUUUUCCUGCAGUAGUUAGACACAGCUCUGGAAAAUUAAGAGAUGCCUGGUUUUACUAUUUUAUUUUUUUGAGGAAAGUUUUUGUUACAUCUCUCCCAGGUUUUAAACAUUGAAGCUACAAACAGUGAUGAUCAGACUCUCGAUCUGUAGACCUGGCCUCCUUUUAAUCUUUGUACAAAGUAGGGAAAUACAUGAAAAUACCUGCCACAUUUGUUAUGUUCGGGUGAAACCUCACAUGUGGACUGAAUUUAUGAAAUGUUCUAGGGGGCACUAUUGAGUAAUGUUGCCACACCCGUGGCUAAGACCUAUAAAAUAUAAAAAUACUCAGCACUUCAGACUAGGUUUACCAACAUUUUGUAAGUUUUAGACACUCAUUUAUAUUUGAAGCAUUAAGAAAUCAGUAUUUCACUGUUCAUGCAUCUUGGCAUGUUCUUUACCAGCAGUCCAUGUUGUUUUUUGUUGUGUUUAACUUCAAGAAGCUAAACUGCAAUAGCUUGACUAUUUGAUGCACUUUGAAAAUCCCAUUCUAGGUUUUCAUGGGGGUUUAGGUCUACAGUUUAGGAAUGGUCUCUUCAUCUUUUCCAGAUGUAUAUGUUCAAAUGUGUGUGUUUAAGUAUUUAUGGUGGAUGAAUGAAGGGACUCAGUUUAACAAUAUGGUUCAUUUAUGUUGUUUAUAUAUAUUUUGACAACACGAGCGCCACAAAAACAGAUGAAUGCAUAUCUUACCAACAUUAUAUACUUCCCAUUGAAUGUUUUUAGUGUUGGGAAAAAUUGCUCUCUUUUGUUUCCUUAAUGUUCUCCCCUCACGCCUUAUCUUACAGUAGUACAGUGACAUUGCCUGAGUUUAUUAACAUCUAUGGUUGUAUAUAUUUUUAUUGUGUAAAUGUAACAAUGCACAGUUUCAGGGAGGGAGAACUUAACAUUAAAUAUUAAAACCUAAUUCUAUUAAACAGAGAACUUUAAGACAUCAGAUUGAAGAUACUAGUAAAUUUACUUGGUUUAUGUUUUGGUCUUGAAUGAUGAAAUACACUGUGUUUGUUUAAGAACUGCUGGUCACUUUCUGGUUCUGUAAACAGCUUUUGAAACAUGAAAAUGUGACAUGUCAUGUUGAAAUAAAUAUUUAAAUAUA